AUGUUGAUCAAAAAAAUAAUCGAAGGCAUAUUUAUUGCAAUCAUACCUCAACUCAUUGGAAUACAGGGUACCGUUGAAAUCAUAAUAGAGGAUGCAUUUUGUUCAAGUUUUAGUGAAGAAUAUAUAACCGAGCCAGAUGUCUAUGUAGAUGUUAAUAACCGAGUGUUUGUUAACUUUUCGAUAGUUAAACAAUUUUCACCGGAUGCUCAAUUUCACUUCAAAAUACUAGGAGCUUCGAUGGGUGAAUAUGUCAUACAAACCGGACUCGAAAUACAGAUGAGCUUGUGUGAAAUGAAAGAUGAACCUGUCAUACUAGCUCCUGUUCUUCAAAUGUUUGGAUUCAGAGAAGACGAGUGUCCACCAUCUGUUGGUGUUUAUGGAAAUGAAAACAUUGAAAUACCAAUGGAAUUAUUGCCAGAUGAAUUUAUACCUAAUAAAUAUCUAGGAAUUGGUGAACUUUUAUAUGAAGAGGAGAAAUUAGUAAAAGAAGAUGGAGGUUAUUCCUAUACAGAAGAACACUCGAUUGUUUACAAGUGGGAAAUAAAUAAAAUUGAAUCAUUUCUCCGGUCUGCCAAGAGUGCAAAAGGUAUGAUUCAUUUAGAUUCUCCAGUGUUUUCGGCGGGUGCAAAGAUAAAAGAUUCAUGGCAUUUAAAACUGCUAAUUCAAAAUGAUGAUGCCUCAUCAGAAAAUAAGUCGUGGGUGUCCAUAUAUUUAUGUUCAAAAAAUGGAAAUCGAAAAGUCCAAGCGAAGUAUUUGACAUUUAUUUUAAAUAAAGAGAAGGAAAAAAUAGUGGGUGAAUUGACCUAUAAUCAAUCAAUACAUGAUUUUUUUUGGACUAACUCCGUUUUUGACGGUCCACAGUCAGGGUAUGGUCGUGUUAAGUUUGCAAAUAUAAAUGAGUUGUUGCUAAAAAAAAAUAACUUUUUGCCAAAUGAUACACUGACAGUUUGUAUUGAAUUAAUUGUUUAUGAUGAAUACAUUGCAGUCAAAAAUCCAAAUAAUUUAUUGGAAGGUUCCAAGCGAAAGUUAAGCGACGAUUUUAACGAUCUUUUUGAAACUAAGAAGAAAUUUGAUGUCACUAUUAAAGUCGGUGACAAGGAAUUUUGUGCUCAUAAAGUGAUUUUGAUUGCUCGCAGCAGCAAUAAGGAAAAUGAAGUAACGAUACCUGACAUUGAUCCUAAAGUUUUUAAAAAAGUGCUCGAAUACAUUUACACUGACAGAGUUGAUGACUUAAUCAGUUUUGCAGAAAAACUAUUGGAAGCGGCUGACAAGUAUCAGCUUCAAGGACUCAAAGACUUGGCGUUUAUGGCAGCGAAAGUUACACCGUACCAACAUCCAUGUUUCCAGAAGAUUUCCCUCCAAACCAAUAUAAAGCAGCCUACGAAAUCAUAA